AACGCGAAAAACCGCUCCGCUCGAACGAUAACAAAUCUUACCACCAACAAAACGAAGAAGAAACCAUUCUGUCUGUGCGCGACUGAAGUGACUUCGUGGAAGGAAGAAAAAAUUGCUUUGUGUUAUCAUUAUCGUGUGGAAAAAAAAUCUAUUAGUAAUCGCUGUUAUCAGAUUGAACGAACGAUAAUAGGUACUAGUGGUGAAGGAGUGAAAAAUUUGCAUCGCUUCCGCGGUAGUGUCUGCUGAUUGUAAAUUCCUAAUUCCAACGGAGUGGAAACCAAAAGUCCCGUUAUGUUUUGGUUUUGAUGAGAAGAAAAUCGACAUUUUCCACAGUUCAGAAUGUUCAAAAUCGAGUCCUACAUUACGCCAAUCAUCCUGAGCUACGUGGAGAAGUAUGUGAAGAACAUCCGUCCGGAGGACUCGCAGGUGUCGCUAUGGGGCGGCGAGGUCGUAUUCCAGAAUCUGGACCUGAAGCUGGAUGUGCUGGAGGAGGAGCUCUCGCUGCCGUUCCAGUUUCUGUCCGGGCACAUCCACGAGCUGGCGAUUCGAGUCCCGUGGACAAAGAUCGCGUCGGAACCGAUUGUGAUUACGAUCAAUACGAUUGAAUUUGUAUUGAAACUGCAAGAACCGGGCGCUCGAACCGCUCCCCGUAAGGAUGCCAACAAGAAGAGCAAAAACUCGGAGGAAGCUCCCCCUCCGGGCUACAUGGCGUCGCUGAUCAAUCGAAUCGCCAACAACAUCACGAUCCGCUGUCACAAUUUGAUUCUGAAAUACGUUGAAGAAGACAUCGUCGUUUCUAUGAACAUCCAGCAGUUGUCGAUGGAGUCGGCCGAUGGCAAGUGGAAUCCGGCCUUUAUCGACAUCUCACCGACGCGGAUUUCGCUGCGCAAGUUGAUCAACGUGGUGGAUUUGACCAUCUGCUUGGACAAGCGCAACUCGGCUGGGAAGAUUGAAGUCUGUCAGGAGCCGGUUCUGUAUCGAAGCACGCUGCAGGUUCGGGUGCUCAUGAAGUACAGCAACGUGCCGGCGCAGGACAAGUCAUCGAUCACGCGAAUCGAUGUCCAUAGUAAAUUUUUGGACUUUAACGUUUCGUCGCAGCAGUUUCCAAUGCUGAUGAGGCUGUUUGAGCUUGGAUUGGCGCUGAAACAGGGGAAGAUCAAGAGCGAGAUAACUCUCGGUCAGGAUGCUAAUGUAGAAGGAGAAGGAGAGGUGGGACAGGAAUCGCUUCUGUCAUGGGCUUGGAACUUGCUGCCUUCGUUCUUUCCGGAGGAUAACGAAAGUGACCAUACCGAUGAUCAUGAGUUCCACGUGUUUCAUGCCGGAUGCUACGUUGAUCGGAUGCGGAUGAUUUUUAAGACGCAGGAGUUCGUUGGAGAUAGUGUGGUCGGAACUGCCAGGAAAAUUAAGUACAACCCUUUCCUGCAGCUGGACUUUGAUGGAGUUCAGGGUGAGGUGAUCAUCUGUGGAUUGAAGUGGUUCAACGUUUCAGGUGGAAUUGCAAAAAUAGGGCUGCACGCAUUAGAGGAUUGCCCCUGUGGACAUCCCCUUACCAUUCGGGAGAUUUUCCAAAGCGAAACCGAUUCAACGAGAGAGCAGCACAUAAAGGGUUCUUUCUUUGACGACAGCUCCGGGGAAAGUCGUAAAUACAAUGUCAACUGGAAUUACCAUCUUGGAACGUACAGUCAGGAUGUGCUGCUUAGUAAAUCUCCUGGCCUUGCUGUCGACAUUGUACAUGAAGUGCAGGUUCCCGACGAUCGAAGAACCUCCGAGUUUGGAAGCGAUCUGGAGUUUAGCAACUUAUCCGAGAAGUACAUGAUUCGAGCCUUUUUCGGCAAAUUCCGGUUGAAAAUCGGUGCAGACACCCUCCACCGUGUAAAAACGUUAAUAUCGUACAAGGAUGCUUACGAAUAUUCUCCGUAUUACGAAGAGAAACAGAUUCCUGGUCUCAAUCAACUGCCCCCACCGUCCGCCGAAGAUUACGAUGCUCUGAUGAGUGAAAUUCCUUUGAAGCAAAUUCACAUCACGAUUCUUACACCGAUUCUGGAACUACACCCAUUCGAUCAUGGCAAGUUUCAGCUUGGGAGAAAGCGCAGCUCAAGUAAAUUCCAUUCUGGUCAGACUCCUUUCCUAUCGGUGGUCUUCAAUCGAGUUGAGUGCAACAUUCUGACACCACUCUAUCCCAAUCGAUUGAUCUUCACCACAUGCCAACUACCGGAACCACCGGCCAAAUUAUUCGAUAGCUGCUUUCAUUCCAUCUCCGGAAACCUGGAACGAUUAGUUGCCAAACUACACAAUAAUGAUUCGGAGUUACUCGUUACCACGGCCAUCAACCUAAACCAUCAGCAUCGGUUCCUCAUCUUUCCAGAACUUUGGUCUAGCACCGAACUUAACAAAACCGAGCACAACUUCGACAUUUCGGACCUCAAACUGCUCCUCAGUCCACCACAAACCACCGUCGCUUGGUCCAUCAUCCAAACCCUUUCAACCCAAACAGCCUUUUUCCAUCCAUCUCCGGAAAUUCUUUCGAACCUUAUCAAUUCCGAUAUGCCAAUACUAGACCUAACUAUAUCCCAAGCACACCUUCGUCAAAUCCUCUCCGAACGCACGUCUUCCUUGAAACUCACCUCCCGCAGCCUACGAUGCCUUUCAUACAUUCCCAGCUCUUCAUCCACGCAGCGUUCCCUUACCGCUCUCUGGCCGGACCAUCCCACCGAUGAAGACUUCCUCACCAUCAUCAUCCAACUCCCCAUCGACCGGCAUCUGACUUCCCUUGAACACCCUCCUCUCUUCUACGGACGCUUCCUCGACCUCAGCCUCAACAUGGAUCCCACCCUCUACGAAUUCCUACGCAUCUGGCCCUCAAACCUCGCCGCCUGCCGGGAUGACCCGCUCUCCCGAACGCACACCCGCCACUCGCUAAGUCCGCGAAAAUCCGUGGAACGCAUGCUGCCGAAAAAAUCCGUCCAACCCAUCACGUCCGUUCACUCCAGUUCGGAUAAGGUGGACACGCAACCACCGCCGGCGCUGAUUCCGGCCCACCCGAAAGUGGGUUCAACCGUCGCCGAAGACGACACGGAAAAAGACGACCACUCGGCGCCGACACCGUCCGAGAAAACUUCCGAACAGUUGGUGGGAAUCGAGUUUUGGAAGCAACUGUCACGUCGGAUCAUCUUCCAUUUGGAGUUUCGACACUGCACCGUGUAUUUUCCGCAGCGCUGUAUCGAACAGGAGACGAUUGGUGGACGGAGGACCCCACAGGAGGAAGAGUUCGGCGACAACGAGAUCGUGAUGCUCAAACUUCCACUCAUCACGACCAACUCGGCAUUCAAAUCUAGUGGUUUAUCCGCAGGCAUUAGCAGAUUCCCCAUAAGUUUAGCCAAGUCGGUGUGGCCGGACGAUAAGGAAAGCUUCCCGUGGACCAUCUCACUGGCCGAUGCUUCCAGUUGGACCUACCAGAAUCGGCAGAUGAAUAAACUACUGGAAGAAACAACCACUAAUAUCUCGUUGGUCUUGAACUUCAAAGAUGACGGCGAAGCAACUUCAGCCUGCUUUCACGUGGAUACCUCUCCGCUCAAGUUGAAUUUAUUCCAAGAACAACUGGUCCUUCUUAGCUCCACAAUGAAUCGUCUUCUGUCCCUUCCGAUGCUUCAAGUCAGUAGCGAUGCACCCGGCAAAUCUCGCGAACCCCAAAUCUUGGAAAUAUCUCAGAAAACUGGCAGUGCUGCAACGGCAGCUGACUUGAAAGAGUUCCUGGAUAUGACUCACAACUCAAGUGGUGCUUCCGAGGAGACUCUCAAAGAAGGGGGUAAGAAAGACGCUCUUCCAGUUUCGAUUUGGCUUCAAUGGACUUUCUCCAAAGUGACGGUGACUUGUAUCGGUAAGGACGAUGUUGGUCAGAUGACGGUUCGGCUUGCCAUAGAACUGGAGGACAUAAUCUACAGUCUGGACAUGCAAGACGUCUACCUCCAGAUCAAGGCCAAGGUUGGAGGAAUGAACGUCCAGUCUUACGAAUUUGAUGCUGAUAAAAGAAUGUGGAUAAAAAAUGAAGCACUGGCGUUAACUGUGCAAACCGACUCAGGCGGUUCAAGUAAAUCCGCCAACGAUACAUUCCUAAACUUGACCGUUACCAAAGCGGAAACCACAAAUGUUCAUACCAAGUGGGACACAGUUCGCAAGAACCGAGAACAUAGCGACACAUUAAUCGAGGUGAUCGUCAAAGUGGAACAAAUCGAUCUGCGAUUGGAUUUGGAUUUACUGGAAAAGUGUUUAGAACUUUUGACGAUUUUUCAUCAACAAGACGAACCAGAACCACCCCAAAAAGUUUAUGGCGUGAGAGAUCUACCUUUAAUUAUUUUUUCCAGCAAAGGGAUUCGGCUAUUCAUUCCCCUUAAGGAUUGUUCCGAUCGCUGUGAUGCCUACAUUUUCAAAAUAAAUUCAAUCACCAUGCAUCAUAAUGUGGAGAAUCCCAUCUGUCGAGUGCCAUUGCGUCCCGACGUUUACACAAAAGCAGCUCAGAUGCGAAUUCUUAAUGUUCCAGGAUCCAAAAUCGAGGAUCGCCAAUAUGAAGUGCUCCUGAAAGAAAUCUCGCUCAGCACAGCCUGCUGGUCGGACAUCCUGGCGUACAUCCAGGAGCAAACAUCCGCCACAACCCAUCACGACAACCCGGCCUUCGAAUGGAAUAACCUUCAAGAUGUCCAAAGAUCGUCCGACUUUGAAGUGAAUACUAUCUUCAAGGAGUUUAACUUCUCCGUCAUCUACGCUCCUUGUAUCAUUUAUAAAAACGUCCUCAUUUGCAGCCAGGCCAUGGAGCUAAACUGUAUGUCCGAUCUCCUCAUGGAUUUAGACCUCGAUCAACUACGCCUGGCCGGCAACAUUUCACGCAAGAUCAACAACAUUCUGUUGAUGGUCACUCCUCCACGUCAGAGCAGUUCUUCCUCAAACAGUAGCGUAGUGGAGUUCAAUCCUGCGCUCUUCAACAGACAAAUCAGUCAGGAUGCGAUCAGCAUCGAUUCCGUGAGAUCAUUGCGGGACUCCGAAAUACCGAGAAAUCGGCGAAGCUUUUCCAAACUAUCCCGCUUCGAGGAAGACUCCGGGGUGGAAUCGUUCAGGGCAUCGGAUGCUAAGCAGGCUACAUCCAGCAGCAAACGGAGUACCGGAGGUGGGUCGCGACAGAGGAAAAUUUCCAGCAGAUCGUCGGAUCAGCUGACAAAAACAUCGCUCGGACCGUCCAUUCAGAAUCAGGUCGUACCGUAUGAGGUGUGCUUCUUGGGUGGCCAUUUCAAAGUUAAUUUGUACGAGAAAAAGGUAAAGGACGAAGAGUCGGCUGUUCUCUUCCGAAUGGUGAUGGCUCAACCAAAUGGUUUGCUAUCUUUGAAUCUUUUGGAACGGGUCGUGCAGGUGUCGCUUUUCGACUUGAUCAUAGAUCUUGAUGAACGUUCAUUGCUGAAAACCCUUCCCGGGGAACCGGACGAUCUUGGUAUACCGCAGCCCAUAAUCAAAACACGUUUCGUCAAUAGCAUGACCAAGAAGAAUAGUGAACUGAUCGUGGAGUGUAAGAGGCCGAUUAAAUUUACUAUUUCACACCAAAAAUUGAAGGUGCUCCAUGAUUUGGCGGAUAUUUUGGUUGAAGCGAUGGGUGGACCUCAGAGCAAUAAUCAGACCCAACGACUUGCGAGGAAACUGCCAAAACCCAUUCUGAGUAGAAACAAGUUCAAAAUGAUCAAGUCCAAAAUGUACGACGUAGAAAAGAUCAGUGUUCGACUUUCGCAAACCAUGAUCCAUCUGCUGGACGAGGAUCUUCAAGCAUACAACUGCAAAUUAUCGCUUUCUUCUAUCAAUUCAACAUUGCGAGUACAAGAACGACCAGCACGUAUGUCGUUCAACCUGGAUCUGGAAGAACUUAUUUUCUGUCAGGGAUCCUUCGUUAUAAUGCAUCCAUUCUCGUUCAAUCUGCAAGCAACCCUAACCCAAGAAUACUGGAAACGCGAUCCGUUGAUCCAGAUCAAGCUGAACUCGAGCUAUUUGCAGCUGGAUUUCAAUCCGAACAACGCAAACGAAGUCCAGCGGAUGUUGGAGCUGUUAAAUCAAGUGCUUAGUCCGAAGCUGUCGGACGAGACGACGAGUGGAAACUCGACGGCUAGUAGUGCCCAUUUGACACCCAGCCGGGAUAACUUGAUCCCCUUGUCUGCGCCGGGAUUCUCCCGUAGAGAUUCGAAAGGUGUUCCGGAGGAGCACUAUCAAGAUGAUCUCCGGGCAGGGGCGUUCCAGUUUAUUGAGUCGAGCAGAAGCAACGAGCUGCCGCUACCGUAUCAGAUCAAGAUUAUUAAUCGUGAUCUGGGAAUCAUCUGCUGGCGGUAUCCCCAACCCCGGGCGCUGUACAACGUGACUGUCUAUCCGGUUCCGAUGAGUACCAACAAACCACUGAAGAUUCAAUGCAAGUUGGAGUACUUUUCGGAAAUCUACGGAGACUUUUUCGAGCUGUGUGGCUUCACGUUGUGCGAGAACGAAAAGGUCAGGCUGAAGCUUCCUUCCCGCAAGAUCGCCUCAUCCAUCUGGCGGAUCGUGAUGACCCAGAAUGUGGUCUACGAAGGGGAUGAGCAUGGCGGCGAAUCCAGUGGUGAAGCUGAUGAAUCUACCGAUCAGGGUAAAUCGCUCAUAUCCAACAUCACGGAUGUCCUGAAAGACACUUAUCUGUCAACGGGUCGGAUCGUCAGUCUUCCCUACCGUCUCCAUCCGAAAAUCUUCGUAGCCUGUAUGCGAGUUGACUCGAUGUUCAAUCCCAACCUGAUUCCAAAUGUGGAGUGCACCGUGGAACUGCGGCCCAUCCAGAUCAAUUUGUUCAACAAUGUCAACUAUUCGAUGGAGUCCAAACUGCCGAAGCCUUUCGAGAGAUAUCGAUUCUGCAAAGAAACCAUCGAGGCCAGAAGUCACAAGUUCUUAAUGCUGAACUCCAGUCACCUGAGGGGCCGCGCCGCCAUCUAUGACAAUUGCGACGUACUACUCAGUGGGGAAUUGAAUCUGCACUGCGAUCUCCUAGAUUACAGUCACUACACAUUCGAGAACAUCCUGGAGUUGGUCAAUUUGAAAGCCAUUGCCACUAUCGAAGAGGAUGCCUUGGAGCUGAGAGCCAUAUCGGAUGAUAUUCUGAUCCGUUACGGUCCCUCGAUUGGUUACAACUUGGCAUUGGCGGAGAAAUUUUGGAACUCCGAAAAAGAUUCGGUCUUGAUGUACGGAAAGUACAUCGUUUGCAACCAUACCCAUGUGGGCUUGAAGUUCGGCCAGUACGAAACCGGCGAAGCUAUCUUCGUUGGAACACAUGAACUGUGCCUAUACGCAUUCAAAAGCUGCCGGCACGCACAGGUUUUACAACUCAUAUUCAACGAGAAUACCAAAGAUAUCUCUACGGAACCAUUUUCUGUCGCAAACGAAGGCCUGUUUUAUGUGAAGGUCCUCCCAGUGUUUGAAGAAGACGUUGAUGACGAGAAGUUGUUCGUGGUGAGGGUUGAAAAUUUGAGCAAUAUCCAGAAGCGGAUUACAGUGGAAGGGCAGAUUAAUUUCUUCAACAUGACAUCACAACGAUUAAAGAUUCAGUAUCGAUUCUACAAGGUGGUUCCAAACAGCGAAAAACAAUACACUUCUACGAACUUUCUGGUCGAAGGAAGUUCUAAUGCUAAUGUAUUUGGCGCGGCAAAUAACAAGAAUCAGCAGUGCUUCAAAAUCUCGAUCGAUGGAGAGAAGAAAGGAUGGUCUGGUGAUAUUCCUAUGCGGGAGGUUAUGAACGGAUCAAAGCCCUACUUGGUAAAGAUUCCGACGGAACUGGUCAAAGAGGGUUUCCUUAGCUAUUGGGUUCGAAUCAUCCGGGAGAGGAUUGGGGAUAACAUCGAACUGAAAGAUGCCUUCAACGAGCGAGUGUUGGUGGUCAUUUGGCCCCUCUUCAUGGUACAAUCAAUGCUGACGGUGAACACCACUGCCUAUGAGGAGAAAAUCGAUCAGACAUUGUCGAUCUACGGUCAAGGCGAGCGACGUCAAUUGGUGGUUCCAGGGACAAAUUCCGAUGAGCACGAAUUGCAGUUCCGAAUGAAUUUCAACGCCCUGCAUGGAGAAGACAAACGGAAAGCUCUGUUAUCCUACCGAUUGGUCAACGGGCGAUCUUUCUUCCAAGUGCCAGAUCGCUUCAAAACGGUCGAAACUGCCAUCGAAAUGCUUCAAAAGAAUCACUCGCCAAGCUGGCCCUGCUCUCGGGAGGAUGAACUCCGCUGUAAACGCGACAACUCGAUCCAGGAAGCAACACUCCCCUUAUAUCAUUGCUCGGCAGCUCACGAACUCUCCUGCUGUCUGAUGCUGAGCAUUGCCCCCUGGUGUUUGUUCAUCAAUCAGCUUGGCUGCCAAGUGCGAAUCAAAAACUUCACAACCAAUGAACUGAACAUCGUAGAACCGAACAACAUUCUGAUGCCGCAGUACAUCGAAAUCGGGUUUACCCUGGAGCUGGACGUUGGUAUGCAACUGGAAUCGCAGCUGAUUUACUUAAAUGGCGACAACAAAAAGCAGGCACCCAACAGCUACAUUCUACCGAUGGAGGGGUCGAUCGAAAUAAACUUGCGGUCCGACAAUGGGGUCACUAAUCUCAUUCUGACAUCAUUAACGGAAAACAACAUCCGCGUGUUGAUCCUCGCAUCGCAGUUCGUCGUCACAAAUUAUUCGAGCAUCGAUUUGCGUUGUUGGUCGUUCGGAGUUCUAUCCAAUGAGCGACUCGAUCAGGUUCGACAAGACGAUGCUGGGCCGCACACGGCUUGCUACAAUAUCCCGCGAAACGACCGGAAAUGUGACAAUCCCCAAGGCACGGCCAUCACCGCCUUCAACAAUCUUUCCAAGCACAAGAACAAGCUCAAAUUCAACAGUUCCUACAACUGCUACCUAACGCUGUACCAGAAUGAUGGCAACGAGUUCUCCAGUCCGAUCUAUCUUAACCGCCCGGUGUCGCGCAAAAGUUUCUCCGUUCAGUGCGACGAUCAUUACAUUCCGCUCUCGUUGUCGAUCGUGGCCCAUCAGGGCCAGCAGCACGUGUCGGUUUACGACGAUCCGUGUCCGUCGUUCGCCAUCGAGAAUCGAACCGAUUUUAACAUUUAUGUGGCCCAGUCGGACUCGGUGAAUGCGAACAAGGCGGCCACAGCCGUUCCGGAGUGCGUCGUGGAGUCGAACUUCGUGUGGUAUCAGAUAGUGGGAUCCCGGCAGAAGGUUUACUACACACCGCCAGCGUUGGACGCCGUGUUUCCGGAGACACAGGAGCUGGAUGUGGCGUUGAUAUUUGCGUGCGUUAGCGGUAGUGCAAUCCGAUGGUCGCAUCCUGUGAAAGUUGAUGAAAAUAAGAAUAUAUUCCUAAACAUUCCAUUAUAUGGUGAUCUCAAACUGGCUGUGAAUAUUAAGAACCGUACUGCGGACGUUCUGAUCGACUACAUAAGUCAGGAUCUGGAAUUCUCCGCUAAAGACAUUCGCACUCGACUGCUAAAUCCAGCAGCACUCCCAGCUGACCAAGACCCAGAUCUGCAGCAGAAACCAACACCCAAACAACCAUCUUCCCCGAGCGUGAUCAGCUUCGAUCAGCCGCUUCGAACCAAGCGAAUUUCGUUCCGAGGGUUCUUCAAAUCUCUGAAUCUAACCUUAUUCAAAGAUCAGGAGAGCAAAUGUUGCACCAAGGUGGACCUGAUCUCGUGCAAUUUCGAUCGAGUCGGCAUCGAGAUGAACACUGGUGGCGAGGGCAGCAAGGCUUUGGUGCAAUUCGUUGCCAUUCAGGUGGACAAUGAAUUGCAUAGCACUGGAGAGUAUGACUUCCCGGUUAUCCUGUGCAGUGAAGAUCACGAGGCCAAACAAGCAAAACCUGUGGUGAUUCCAAAUCAGUAUAAGUUGGAAGACUGCUUGGAAGAACUGGCUGCCAAUGCUCUUUGCUCGAUCUAUGCCGAAAUGGAUGCUGAAAGUUGGACAAACGUGGAAGGUUUGCGUUUCAAGAUCAACCCUAUCAGGGCAUACAUUGAGGACACCUACGUGAACAUCCUGCUCGAUUACUUAAUGGAGUGUCUCCCGGUCAACUUACUUUUCCAGCCAGAAGUACCAACCGAACGUAUAAAGUGUGCCUCCGGACAGGUUCUUAUUCCAAAGCUAGUCACUCAACAAUCCUCCUAUCUGGCCGAUCCGAUCAAGUUCCGCUAUAUUCGAAUCGAACCGCUGCAUGUGCUUCUUUCCGUCCAUACCUGCAUGCGACUGUAUAUAGCGUUGGAUCAUAGUCCAUUGGACUUUUCCGCUUUCGAGCGGAAUCACGUCCGAUCCCUUCCGAUACGAUUCGGAAACUCUUUAGGAAUGCACUACUUGUCGGGGGCUAUCUUCGGUGGAGGUUGGGUCAUUGGAUCGUUGGAAAUUCUGGGAAGCCCCAGUGGACUAGCUCGAUCGGUCACCAGUGGUCUGCGCGACUUCGUGUCGCUCCCGGUGCAGGGACUGUUUCGAGGUCCGUGGGGAUUCUUAGUCGGUUUGACGCAAGGGUCCACCUCCCUGGUGAGAAAUAUUACAGCGGGAACGGUGAAUUCGGUUACUAAGCUGGCGACAUCGGUGGCUAGGAAUUUGGAUAGAUUAACACUGGAUUCUGAACAUGUACAGAGGACGGAUGCCUUGAGAAGGCGACGACCUCAGGGUAUGACGGAAGGAUUCACGCAGGGUUUGACGGGGUUGGGCAUCAGUAUACUUGGAGCUGUUGGUGGGUUGGCUCAUCACCCGCUGCAGGCAAGAAGUCCAAUGGAUGUUGUCACUGGAGUAGGAAAAGGUAUUGUGGGAGCAUUCACAAAACCGAUUAGUGGUGCUGCUGAGCUGCUGGCCCUCACGGGUCAAGGAAUGCUACACAGUGUUGGAUAUAAUACGAUGCCUACGCCGAAAUACUUCCAGCAACCGCUUCAGCGCUUGGAACCGAUUCCAUAUAAGGCACUGUGGGAUCCACAAACACUUUCCGAUGGAUCGCUCAUGUUCACUAUUCAUGCCACGUUUGCCGGUCGGAGCCAGUACAAGUUGGUUGUGGUCGGAAUCUACCUGAGAACAUUUGUGCUCCUGGAUGUGGAAAACAGUCAGCUGUUAGAAGUGUUAGACCUGAACACGGUGUAUCCAAGCGUGGAUUCGAUGGACCCAACACAAGUGCUAUUAAGGAUAAGACCCGAGCUACCGCCUCCUCCUACGGAUUAUAUGUCGUACCCGAUCUCCAGUCGAACGUACCAGUUUGUACAGGAAUCGACUAUGCAACUGCCAAAACUGUCCUCCUACACACUGCCGCCCCUGUCGAAACCAACCACCGCCAAGGCCAUAGUCACUAGGCAUCCGGUGCCAGCCGCCACAUCCAAUCAGGGAACGUCCUUCGUUUCUCCGGAUGAUGACAACAUGACUACCCUUCUGCCAUCUUCCAGAAAAUGUGACGAUGUGGCCGUUGAUAUCGAUGAGGACGCGGACGACCCCCACGUGCUCGAUGACGUUCCGAUUAUCGAGGGGGAGGUCAGCAACCGUGCCACCGAUGACAACGAACGCCGGGUGGUGAUCUACGUGGAUGAAAAUCUGGCCCGCUAUCUGGUAAAGUAUAUCAAUCUACUCAAGAAAAAUCAACAGCCGGCCGGGACGGUUGUUUUUGCACCGUUCGAUGGUAAAUAGCAUGGGUUGUGUGAAAUCAAAUGAAAUUUUUGAGUCUGUUGAAAAGCUAAUAUAUUUAUUCGGGGCGAUGCAUUUUUAGUCAGUUUUAAACGGUUAUGUAUUAAACAUUUUUGUAUUAUUAUAUCUAUAUUUAGAUACCACUCCACGGGAAUGCAAUAAAUAUUACAAAUAUUA